UUCCCUCCGGUGUCUGAUUAGUUGUCGUUUUGGACAAGGUUUGAGUCAAACUUAUAAAAUUUUAACUACAAAUAACAAUUUUAUUACGUAGUUUUGAAACGUAAUGUCAGGAGCAUAGAAUGCAGAAUAUUUACUCACAACUUUCUGCUGGAGUAUUUUCUUGUGGCAAAAGGAAUAUUGUUGUUGGGUCAGAUAGCACUAAUGGCUGCAACUUUUUGCUACAGAAUAUUCCUGAUGAGCAGUUAGUAAGUAACAAGAAGGGGGUUGGUCCGUCUGUUGUGCUUACUUCGGCACACACGGCCAUGAAUAUGCCAGCGGCAUGUUGCUGGUCCAUGCCUGCAUUCCAGGGACAGAGGAGUUUUGCAUUUGAAAGGGAGGGCCAGCCGAUGGAUGAUGUAAGGAAGAUUGAACGCAGUUUGCAUAUUGGGGCGGGGCAAGUAAAAUUGCCCAUCCCACCGGAGAAGAAACUGAUGCCUCCGGGGAAAGAUGAGGAUUCUACUUUGAAGGCUAUGAAGAGGGCUUCUCGUCGCAAUCUUGAUGGCGAUUUGAGUGGAUUCAAGCCGGCUGGUCAAGCGCUACGCACGGUGUCCACUUCAUCUCUUCCGAUUGGGCCGUUUCAGUCAGGUUAUCCAUUUGGCGUCACAGAAGCUAUCAAGUUGGGCCAUCCUUCAGCGAGAGGAGCUGCGACCGUUGGUUGUGGAGGGUUCGCGACUCUUGGUGCGAACGGCCACGGUCUUUUUUUCCCGGGUGCAUGGGUGGCGAUCUAGUCUUCGGAUUGACUGUCGCUAGACUGGGAAAAUUGCUGCGUUUAUGUUUGUUUGUUUUUUUUAGUUUGGCUAUGUGCAUUAGGCAGAGGCCGGAAGUUUGUGUACCAAGACUAUGUAUCCUCUUGAUGUAUCGCUCUUGGUAACCUUUAAUAUAAAGCUUCCUUUAUCGAAAAAAA